AUGGAUAGAGCGGCUGCCCUGCGAGCCGCCGGCAUGCUGGAGAGGAAGGAGCGGAGCGGCGGCGAGGCGGCGGCCGGCGGCGGCGCGGGGCCCCGGGCGGGUCCGGGUCCGUGUCCGGCGGCGCGGGGCUUGCCGGCCGUGCGGAGCACGCUGCAGCAGUGCGGGCUGCUCCAGGACCUCAUCGACAUCUCGCUGUCCAACCUGCGCGGGCUCCGCACCAAGUGCGCCGCCUCCAACGACCUCACCCAGCAGGAGAUCCGCACCCUGGAGGUGAAACUAAUCGACUACAUCCACAGACAACGGCAGUGUAAGCUGAGUGUGCCCCUGAACGACAGGACAGCAGAGCUCAACAGCUACCCAAGAUUCAAUGACUGGUUAGAUAUUGUCAACGUGAGGAAAGAAGUUGUACAGAGAAUACCGGAGGAACUAACCUUAGAUGCCUUACUCGAAAUGAAUGAGUCGAAGGUGAAAGAAACAAUGAAGAGAUGUGGCGCCAGAGAUGAAGAGUGCUCCAGACUCAAUGGGGCACUGAGCUGCUUAAGGAAGGUGACUGAAUCAGGUGGGGAGUUAAAAGACGAUGUGCUGAUGAAUCUUCCUGAGGCACGGCGAGAGAACAGCGCUACAAACAUGACCGAGUCCCCUGGCUCCUCUGCACCUGCACGGACUCACGCUGCACUGAACCUUCCCAAGGGCAAUAGCCAGCAGGCACGGUCUGUGUCAGUGUCUACAAUCACGUCUUCAGAUUCUCUCUCCUCCAGUCACGGACCUUCAAUCUAUGCAGAUAACCUCCUGGACCCUUUUGCCUUCCCUGCACACAGUGGAAGGUUAACACCAAGGACUCCUCAUAGCAUCACCAUCACUCCCCCAACCACGCCUCAAGCGAAGAGGCGACAUAAGUUGAAGCCACCACGGACUCCUCCUCCUCCUUGCCGGAAGGUUUUUCAACUGCUACCUAACUUUCCAGCCCUCACAAGGAGCAAGUCCCACGAAUCACAGUUGGGAAACAGGAUAGAUGAUGUUCCCCCAAUAAAGUUCGAACUCUCCCAAGGAUCCCCUCAAACAGUACGAAGAGAUUUUGGCUUAGCUGUAACACACAGGUUCUCUACAAAGUCUUGGUUAUCUCAGAUUUGCCAAGUCUGUCAGAAAAGCAUGAUGUUUGGGGUGAAGUGUAAGUACUGCAGGUUAAAAUGUCACAACAAAUGUACUAAAGAGGCACCUGCUUGCAGAAUAUCCUUCCUCCCCAUAACCAAAAUAAGGAGAACAGAGUCUGUCCCUUCUGAUAUCAAUAAUCCAGUAGACAGACCAACAGAACCACAGUUUGGAACUCUCCCCAAAGCACUAACUAAAAAGGAGCAUCCAACAGCAAUAAAUCAUCUGGACUCCAGCAGUAAUCCCUCUUCUACAACCUCUUCUACACCAUCUUCUCCAGCACCUUUCCAGUCUUCCAAUCCUCCUAGUGCAACACCUCCCCCAAACCCGUCUCCCAUGGGCCAGAGGGAUGGACGAUUUAACUUCCCAGCUGCCUACUACAUUCAGCAUAGACAACAAUUUAUCUUCCCAGAAAUUCCCAGUCCUGCACAAGUAGCACAGCCUUCAGAAACAGCUGCAGACACUAAAGCUGAAGAACAGCCAGAUGCAGAUGGAGUUGAAUGUGAAGCAGAGGUGGAAGAACCAGAGAGUAAUAAAUCAGAACCCGAAGAUGAUGAGGACGAGGUGGAAGAUCUGCCAAACAGGCGGCCACGCUUGCAAGGGAUGAUUUAUCGCAAACCUAGCCAGACCAGCGUCUACCUGCAAGAAUGGGACAUUCCCUUUGAACAGAUUGAACUAGGGGAUCCUAUCGGCCAAGGGCGAUGGGGGAAGGUUCACAAGGGGAAAUGGCAUGGAGAAGUAGCCAUCAGGCUGUUGGAGAUAGAUGGGAACAAUCAGGAUCAUCUCAAGCUCUUUAAAAAGGAGGUGAUGAAUUACAGACAGACCCGGCAUGAGAAUGUGGUGCUUUUCAUGGGAGCAUGCAUGAACCCUCCUCAUUUAGCAAUCAUCACCAGCUUCUGCAAAGGAAGGACGCUUCAUUCGUUUGUAAGGGACCCCAAGAUAUCCCUGGAUAUUAAUAAAACCAGGCAGAUAGCACAGGAGAUCAUUAAGGGCAUGGGCUAUCUUCACGCCAAGGGGAUUGUACAUAAGGAUCUGAAAUCCAAGAAUGUUUUCUAUGAUAAUGGAAAAGUUGUGAUCACUGACUUUGGAUUAUUUGGGAUUUCAGGUGUGGUUCAGGAAGGAAGGAGGGAGAAUGAAUUGAAGCUGCCUCAUGACUGGUUGUGCUACCUGGCCCCUGAAAUUGUUCGUGAGAUGGCGCCUGGCAAAGAUGAAGACAAGCUACCUUUCUCCAAAGCUGCAGAUAUCUAUGCUUUUGGGACUGUGUGGUAUGAGCUCCAAGCAAGAGAAUGGCCCUUCAAGAACCAGCCUGCAGAGGCACUCAUCUGGCAGAUUGGAAGUGGUGAAGGAGUGAAACAAGUCCUUGCAACUGUUAGUUUGGGGAAAGAAGUAAAUGAAAUUCUCUCAGCAUGCUGGUCAUUUGAUCUCAGUGAGAGACCUAGCUUCACUGUCCUCAUGGAUAUGCUUGAAAAACUGCCAAAAUUGAAUCGUCGUCUCUCCCAUCCAGGGCAUUUCUGGAAGUCUGCUGACAUUAACAGUAGCAAAGUUGUCCUGCGUUUUGAAAGAUUUGGCUUGGGAAUCCUGGAACCAAGUAAUCAAAAGAUAUAGCAUGGUGUUUAAUUGUCUUGUGAUAAUGUUGUCUACCUACUUACACAAAGCAUCAGAAACCUUCACUGAAUCUUCCAAGCUACGACACUGGUGCAGCCACAGCUGAAAGCCGCAUGACCAUCAGUUCACAGGCCUGUGUUGUUUGCAAAGUCUGAAUUCUGCCUGAGCACCAGCAGUUAUUUAAAGAAUGUUUACAUGAUACUUUUGUGUGAACUAUAUUUUUUAAAACAUAAUAAACAGUGAAUCAAGUUUAACUACAGCCAUUCAAAAAGCACUGAAAAGAAACCAACCUAUUUCUAGUUCCUUCUUGCGUCUGUGGUGUAAAUAAGAGCUAUCUUCUGCCUUCAAAAUAUUUGUUUUCCCUAAGACAGGUGGAACUGGCUUCUUUCAGAACAGCUAUGCAUCUCGUACAAGGUGUUGAAGUUUUAAAUUAUGUUUUCCUUUCACUAAGGCAAAAUUGAUCCAUUGCGUUGUGAUUUUGCCAAACUGAUUAUUCAGUUUGUGAUUACUCGUGAUUUGUUUCAGCAGGGUUGGUCCAAGCUCUGGGUUACCUUGAAUUAAGUUACACUAAUACAAAUCUACUUCUUACAGGGGAGUUGGUUAUCACGCCCCCCAGAGCAGGGUGCGGACAUGCUGCCAAGACCAGGUUUAGCUCAAUGCAGGCAGGGAAGGCAAGCUCCCAGCUGCCAAAUUCCUCUUCCAAAGUUUCAGGCGCAGCACAUUCUAGUCCCCUGAACUAACAGCACUGUUGGAAAUGUAACGCUGCUCAGCCAGACUAGAUGCUUACUGUCCCAAUCACCACCUCAUUUGCAGAACAAGUGAUGUUUUCCAGAGCUCCAGGGAGAGGCAAGAAAGACAUGAGUAAAAGCUAUCCAUCUCUCUCCCGUGUCCUCUCUAACUGGCUCCUAGAGGUGGUCACGUAAGUUUGCAAGCUGUUGGUUUUAAGGCAUUUAGGACUAAACCGUAGUUUUGGGGGAAACUAAGCACAACACAAACCUUACAACCCAACAGCUCAGACUUGUUUCAAAAGUAAAUUUUAAGACAUAAAACAAAACACAUGCUCUACUGUGUAAUAUGCAGAUUAUAAAGGAUACAGAUUAUUACUGCAUUUAAGGUGACUGAUGCAUUAUCCCACUUAGCACUAGUACAUUACACACCUCCCUUAUACCGUUCACCAUCAUUACAAGGAUUUGAAAUGAAGAUUGCAGGGAGAAGAGCUCUGAAGUCCUCCAUAAAGCAUGUAAAGUAGCAGGCCCUCAAUUUGGCUACUUUACAGAUGGCUGACUUUCAUAGAAAAUUAAGUGGCAAAAAACUUCUGAGUUCUGUUGAGCAGAGAGCUUCACUCCUGUUAUAUGCGUAAGCCAGUUAUAUUCUCUUAGAAAUAUUGUGCUACAGUGACUUUUAAGAUGUGUCUCAAAUUAAAACAAAAAGCCGGUUUGGUGGUAGCCGGGUGUGGCAUUGUGGUACUCAACCUCCUUCCUCCCUCCCACAUUGUAAAGCAACUCAACCCCUUCCAUGUGCCCUGUGUAUCUAACCUACACCACCUGCUUCUCGUCAAGAUUUGCUGUUUGCUCUCUCACAAUAAUACUGUGUCACAGGCUUAAACAGAGGCUGUUUUCCCAGCAAGUGCUGCUGAAGUAACAACAGCACGAUACCCCCAAAAGUGGGGAGGAACACGCGUCAUAGCGACGUUGAGAGGCAGACCCCCGGGCUGAAGCCCUCCCUUGGCUGCAGCAGCCCCGCUCCAAAACACACGGCCUUUCCUUGCCUGUUCAGCAGUGGUAGCGCUGCUGCGGCCACGUGCAAGCGCAAUGCUGAGAAAGCAAUAUAUCCUCCUCACUCUUAAUAAGGUGACUGGCUGGAAGGACAGCCAGCACUGAUGACUAGCCAGCUUAAAAACAAAACAAUAGUAUUAAAAAACAUACAGAAAAUUUGUUUUUCCUAUGACUGCCUGCAGGUGUAAUUCAAGAGCAGCACUAGUCCCCUGCUUUCAGGACGGCCCCUUGCCUAAAACCUCACGUCCUUUCGUGCUGCGCUUUGAGGCGUGUGGAACACCAACAGGAGGCUUAUCCCUGCACACCGGCCGAGCAGUGCCCAGUGGUGGGACUCCUGUCCUGCUGCUCCAGGGAAGGGUUUCAAAAUGUGUCUUUAAAUCAUGAGAUUUGAGAUCCAAAUUCAACCCUUCCUUGGAUUUGCGUUCAACUCCCAUAAAUUGCCCUUGAAAGCAACACCCAGCCUCCUGAACCCAGCAUUUCAGAGAGCAGGGACCGAUUACUGUCUCUGGGAUAUUUGUUUUAAUCAGCUGGUGUGAUACACACGGAAGUCAAACAAAACCAGUGGAGUUGUACAGCUGUGAAGAAAGUCAAGCUCUUAUCCCUUACUAUGUUGCAAACCAAGCGACAGUCAUUCGGUCUCAGUCGCAUUGUACUGUCACGUGUACUGUCUCCUCGUGUGCUGGUGUAAGGGCGUGAAGCACGGUAAGCCUGUACCAUUUUAGAGUUGUGAAUGUGAAGCUGGCUGUACAAUGCUGCUACAAUAGCCACAUGUCAGUAGUGAAUGUAAAUGGAGUCUGUAAUAUGGUGAAAAUGGACACGUUUUCUUUUCAAAUGUGAUGUAAACUUUGUACAGUAAAAAAAUUUUUUUUAUAUUUUCUAUCAACUGAGUGUCUUCCAGAAUUGCUAUUAAAUUAAUUAAAAAUUGUUAGUAUUAAUAACAGUUUCUGUAUUAGUUUAUGCAACCAGCAAAAAAAAAAAAAAGACAGAAGUGCACUCUAUGCUAAUAAAAUUCUGGGUAUGUAGGAAUCUUUUCAGUGAAUAAAUCUUUGCUCUGGAUAAAGCAAGUGUU